GUGAAUAAACGCUAUGCAGUGACGAGUCAUGCGGCUUCCGUUUUUAACUUCCUCGUUCUUAUUUUGGCACUGAAUUCGGCGAUGCACGUACGUACACGUCACCCAAGUAGGUGGAAAACCCAAUAUCCUGUUCAAAAGGAUUAUCAGGAUUCACAAUCACCCAGCUCACCCAACCCGUCGUGUUAUCUAUCAUAUGACCCGGUACUGGACUGUCUAUAUCACCAUCCAUGGCGGUAGUAUCGGACAGAACACUGCCAACAUGGGUCGAGAGCUGACGCUGUGUGUCAUCGUCCUGGGAGUACUGUGCUGUCUGUCGGGGGGCGCGGCCUCAGGGUCUCGGGGGUCGGGAUAUCGGGCCAUCAACGGCGGGUCUAACUGUGCAGCCUGCACGGUUGUGAUCUCCUUGGUGGAACAGCUCUCGGAGAUCUACAAUGAGACGACGGUACAGGCACUAGACCGACUGUGUUCCUUCCUGCCCACUAACUUCCAGAAUGCUUGCAAAGCCUUCGCCGGCUUCGUUGGACCCAUUCUACCUGAAAUCAUCACCAAGGAGGAGAACUCCGACACCAUCUGCCACGCCCUCCCCUUCUGCUACACCGAACCGGGCCAUCAGCGUUGUCAGGCUUACCCCUCACCAUCGACCGGGUUCGAGUUUGGUGUGCGCAAGCGCCGAGAAGUCAUGAGACAGCAUGGACUCUCUCUUGAAAAAGCCGACAUCUGCAACCUUCCAGGAAUCAAGGAAAUCUGCGACUACAUUGACAACAUCUUCGACAACCACGAUCCUGGUGUUGAUAUAGACAAGGAUGGCUUCAGCACAGUAGAGACGCUGCGAGGCACGUCGUGGAGAGGUCGUGACUGCGAUGACGGCAACGGCGACAAACAUGCUGGCGCCAGACCAAUUAUGAACGACAUCGCCGAUGAUUCAAACUGCAACGGCAUUUACGGUUCCGAUCCCACGACUGGCAAGACUUACGAAGAGGUGUUGUGUGGAGGUACAGAGCAGAGGGGUAUUGCUGUACUGGGGGACUCCAUCAGCGCCCACUUCCAUCUUCCAGAGGAGUGGAUGGACGCCCGGAAGCUCUCCAUUGAAGUGUUCAAGCACCUGCCCUUCAUCUUGGAGAACGAGAUAGAUUGGCCUCAGAUGUCCUCGGCUACAGGUCACGGUAACAACAGUUGGCCGGAAGUAAUCCAAGGACCAAUCGACUCAUUGUAUCUGAGACUGGCUGCCAGGAACCGUUGCAACCACAGAGAUUACCAAAACAUCGCUGUCAAUGGUGCGGACUCUCACGGCAUGCUCGGUAUUCAGAAAAGCCUGUCACGUGAUCCUGCCAAGGACCAGCCUCUCCUGACACUGUACGCCCUCGUGGGCAACGACGUCUGCAAUGGCCACGAGGACACGUUCGCCGACAUGACAACACCGGCUCAGAUGCGCAACAACACCAUGACGACGCUUAGAUACCUGGACAAGGUUUUGCCAAUGAAGAGUCACGUGCUUCUUAUCGGUCUGGCUGACGCCCGCAUCCUCUACAACAGCCUCCACAACCGCAUACACCCGCUGGGACGUUACCGCAACGACUUCACCUACUCCAUGUUGUACGAUUUCCUCAACUGCCUUGAUGUAUCGCCAUGUCGAGGCUGGCUACAGACGAAUGAGACCAUCAGGAAUAUGACAGCCGUGCGUGCCGCCGAGUUGAGCAAUGUCCUUAAAGACAUCGCCACCACCGAGAAGUCUGCCUUCUCCGCCUUCAACAUCACCUACAUGGACUGCCCCUUCGAGCAAGUGUUAAAUGAGUGGAAAAAACAAGGAGGGGAACCAUGGCAACUAAUUGAACCCAUAGAUGGUUUCCAUGCCAACCAGCAAGGCCAGGCUCUGAUAGCCGGCGCAAUUUGGGAGGACAUUUUGCAGACGAGUCCUGCAGCGCUGGGCCAACUGAACCGAAACAACGCUGUCAUACAGAAGAUAUUCGGCAACCAGGGUGGAUAUUGAGGGUUGACGUCACUUCCGUUUGCAUUAACCCGCUUAUUUGAAAUGGUAGUAUGUGAUAUAAGGAUCACACAGUGACACAUACUAAAGGAUUCGCUGGUUAUUGGCAUGUUCAAGACCUUCAAAAUUGAUAUCAUAUUUUUGAUAGAUGGACUAUUUAGAUUCAGGGAUAGGCCUGGGAGUUUUGUUCUUGUACAAACAUAUAACCAGCUAUUUUAUUUAACAAAAUACUCGUUGUGCAGAUUUAUAUAUCUUUACGUAACUCUGCUAUUCCUGUGUUCGGAACCAGUCUGUGAUACUUGGUCUGUCUGUACUUUACCCGUGCCUGUGAAAGACGUUAAUUUCAUUUGCUCUACUUCCAGCCAUUUGUGGUUUCUUGUGCAAUACUAUUACGCCAGUUCAGUGUUUCAUGUGCAACACCUGUGAUAUAUGACAGACCACGUGACCGGUGUCCACAUGGCUUCACAGUGUAAUUGAUUUAAAAUAUGUUGUUAUUUCAA